ACACAGAUAUCGUGUCCUGCAUGUAUUAAUGUAGAUGUGUAUAGAAGUUCUCUGGCCACACAUGCUGAUAAGAUUAUAUAAGAAGAUUUCUAUUUUGUCAAUAAACCGUUCAGAAGAUCCAUAAGGUUUGAAUUCGUCUAAGAUGAAUCUAGCUGUAUUUCUGCGAACUUCUUUCCUACUUUUCUGUUGCUACGCACCAAUCUCAAUUGCAAGUGAGUGCGCAUGUGCAACAGAUGACGUACACGUCAGAUCCGGUGCCGGUACAACCCAUCACAUCCUGGGUACUUUACCUACUGGAACCUGUCUUGCAUUCAAAGGACACUUGCACUCAGCUGGUGGCAUGCACUGGGCCAAUGUUGACUACCAUGGACAGAAUGGUUGGAUAUCCUCAACAUACCUUACGUUUAAAUCGUGCUCACUAACAACAUCUCAUAAUACGGGCACUUCUCACUCCUCCUCUGGUUGUCCAACCAUCAUCAGUCGUAGCGAGUGGGGAGCGCGUGCGCCAACCCAUCAUAAUGGAGCACUUCCGGCAACCCCUGGCCACGUUUAUAUUCACCACGGGGCUACCCCUGGCUGUCACACUAAAGCUGAAUGCAUUAAACGAGUCCAGUCUUACCAGAAUUAUCAUAUGGAUUCACACGGAUGGUCAGACAUCGGUUACAGUUUCAUUAUCGGGGAGGAUGGUAACAUUUAUGAGGGUCGAGGCUGGAAUACAAUCGGAGCCCACACUCUGCAUCAUAACACCGAUGGACUGGGAUUUUGUGUCAUGGGAGACUUUACGUCACAUGUACCAAACGACCUGGCUAUAAACGCAGUGAAGAGCCUGAUUGAUUGCGGCGUGAAAACCGGAAGGAUCACCCACAACUAUGUGUUAAAAGGUCACCGAGAUGUCGGACAGACGGCGUGUCCCGGAGAUAAAUUAUACGCCUUGAUAAAAACAUGGCCGCAUUAUCACCAUUAGAACAGCCUUAAUGUCAGAAAAUGAUUUAAUUAGAAAAAUAAAUA